CCUCGCUUGGCGCUUGCGGGGCUGCGGGGAGAGUCUGGCCGGCCGGAGCGGGGCUGCUGCCCAAGAGUUCGAUCCCAUGACGCGCCGCCCGCGAUCCAGCAGCCCGGCCAGCCGGCACCGAGGAGGGGGCGCGCAGGAAUCCGGCCGCGGCGGCGCCCUUGCGGGAUGGGGGCGAGGGGGCGGCCGUGCGGGCAUCCCGGCCAGGCGGAAUGAGAAGCCCGGGGGGGUGUCCGGCUGGGGCCCCCUGAAGACCUCGAUGGAGGAGCUGAAGAUGUCUGGGUCAGUAGCAUCCUAUGACCAGCUGGUGAGGCAGGUGGAGGCCCUGAAGAAGGAGAAUACGCACCUCCGGAGGGAACUGGAGGACAACUCGAAUCACCUCUCCAAACUGGAAAAUGAGACUUCAGACAUGAAGGAAGUCCUGAAGCAUUUGCAAGGCAAACUGGAGCAAGAGGCCAAGGUGAUGGUGUCCUCGGGGCAGAUGGAAGUUUUGGAACAGCUGAAAGCUCUGCAGAUGGACAUUACCAGUUUGUACAGCAUGAAAUUCCAGCCGCCGGCCCUCGUCCCAGAUCCCGUGUGCCCGGGGCACAGCGCAGAGGACAGCCCCGCCCAUUCGUCCACGCUCCAAAGGAAAGAGAGCCUGGGAGACCUCAGCCAGGCCACCCUCCAGCUCCUAGAGGAGUUGGACCAAGAGAGGUGUUUUCUGCUGAGUGAGAUUGAAAAGGAGGAGAAAGAGAAACUGUGGUAUUACACGCAACUCCAGAGCCUCUCCAAACGUCUGGAUGAACUCCCUCAAGUAGAGACGUUCUCCAUGCAGAUGGACCUGAUCCGCCAGCAGCUGGAAUUCGAAGCCCAGCACAUCCGCACUCUCAUGGAGGAGCGUUUUGGGACAACAGACGAGAUGGUGCAAAGGGCGCAGAUUCGCGCAUCUCGGCUGGAACAGAUAGACAAGGAAUUGAUGGAAGCCCAAGAUAAGGUCCAGCAGGCAGAGCCCCAGCUCUGUGGGAAGCCGUCUGACAUGGAAGGCGACAGAAGCCUCGACGUUCCCACCCAUCCUGACGAAGGUGGGGCUCACCCACACAAUGACAAGGUGGAGGUGGUUUUCUGGCUGCUGUCCAUGCUGGCCACCCGGGACAAAGAGGAAAUGUCCCGCACCCUCCUGGCCAUGUCGAGCUCCCAGGAGAGCUGCCUGGCCAUGCGGAAGUCGGGCUGCCUCCCGCUGCUCGUCCAGAUCCUCCACGACGCAGACUGGGAACUGGGGGCGACCGAGAGCCCGAGCGGCCCCGAGGGAGCGGGGAAGGACUGCCGCAUGCGGGCCAACGCCGCCCUCCACAACAUCGUCUUCUCCCAGCCGGACGAAGGGCAGGCCAAGAAGGAGAUGCGGGUGCUGCACGUCUUGGAACAAAUCCGGUCUUACACGGAGACCUGUUGGGACUGGCUGAAAAUGCACAACGAGGAAGGGGCAAAGAUCCCGGAGGGCGGCGCAGAUCCCGUCCCCAUUGAACCACAGAUCUGCCAAGCGACCUGCGCCAUUAUGAAACUCUCAUUUGACGAGGAGUAUCGCCGUGCCAUGAACGAACUGGGUGGGCUACAGGCUAUCGCAGAGCUGCUACAGGUGGACUACGAGAUGCACAAACUGACCAGUGACCCACUGAAUCUGGCCCUCAGGCGCUACACUGGCAUGGUGCUGACCAACCUCACUUUCGGAGAUGUGGUUAACAAGGCGACCUUAUGCUCCCGUAGGAGAUGCAUGCAAGCAAUUGUGGCACAACUGGCAGCCGAUAGUGAAGAGUUACACCAGGUGGUUUCCAGCAUCCUGCGUAAUCUCUCCUGGCGAGCCGACAUGAACAGCAAAAAAGUAUUGAGGGAGGUGGGCAGUGUGACGGCUCUUGUGCAGUGCGCCUUGCGGGCCACUAAGGAAUCCACUCUGAAGAGCGUGCUGAGCGCCCUGUGGAACCUGUCGGCUCACAGCACCGAGAACAAAGCAGCCAUCAGCGUGGUGGAGGGUGCCCUCGGCUUCCUCGUGAGCACACUCACCUACAAGUGCCAGAGCAACUCACUAGCCAUCAUUGAGAGUGGAGGGGGGAUCCUGAGGAACGUUUCCAGUCUCAUCGCCACCAGGGAGGAUUACAGGCAAGUCUUGCGGGAUCACAGCUGCCUUCAGACUCUGCUCCAGCACCUCCGGUCCCACAGCCUGACCAUCGUCAGCAACGCCUGCGGCACCCUCUGGAAUCUCUCCGCCCGCAGCUCCAAAGACCAAGAGCUGCUUUGGGACCUGGGCGCAGUCAGCAUGCUCCGGAACCUGGUCCACUCCAAGCACAAGAUGAUUGCCAUGGGGAGCGCAGCCGCCCUCCGGAACCUCCUGGCCAAUCGUCCCCCGAAGUACAAAGACGCCAUGGUCAUCUCGCCUGGGUCUUGCAUGCCCUCCUUGUACAUGCGGAAGCAGAAAGCCCUGGAGGCUGAAUUGGACGCCAAGCACCUGGCCGAGACCUUCGACACCAUGGAGAAGCAGACCUCGAAAGGCCAGAGUGUCAAGAAACCGCCCAUGAGGCACAUGGACAGCUUGGUGAAGGACUACGCUUCCGAUUCGGGGUGCUUCGACGACGACGAAGUGCCCAACGUGUCCAGCAGUACAGAGACAGGCAACGCCUCAGUGCUCUCCAUGUUCCUCAACUCCACUUUCCUGCAAGGCCAGGCUCUGCCGAGAGCCAUCGCCCAACGCAGAUGUCCAGAACCCGAGAAAGAUGAGAGCGGCAAGCCCUCAGAAGCGAAGAAAGCGCCGCUGCUUCUCCCUCCCGACAACGAAGUCUCCAUGGUGGCGGCCAAGCUGGCGAACAAGAUCUCUACGACCGUAGCCAAGAUAGACAAGCUGGUGGAAGACAUCUCUACCCUCCACACUUCUUCUGAUGACAGCUUCAGUCUCAGCUCAGAGGACCAUGGCCUCGACUGGCAGUAUGGCCCCGAGGAAGCCCGCGAGGCCCGAGCCCAGUCGUGUUCCCCGUGCCGCCUGUCGGAUGCCAGCGGGUGUGUAAAGCGGGAAGGCCUGAGCCGGGCUCACGCCCUCCUGCAGCUGAAGACGGCCAUCACCAACUUGUCCAACGACAGCCUCAACAGCAGCAGCACCAGCGACGGCUACUGCACCAAGGAACACAUGAGACCGUGCACUAGGACGACGUUCUUGGAUUUCAGAGAUGAGCUGCACCGGUAUCAGAAGCGUCCCAGCCGCCUCGACCUGAAGAACAUUUUGGUCAACAGGCCUGAGAAGAUGGAACUGCUGGAUACGAAACACCAAGAGCCCAGUGAAGCGGCAGAGAAACUCGAGCCUCUUGAGAAGGCCAAGAAAGGGGCAGCUGUCCUGAGGCCGGAUGUGGCGGAGAAGGAACUGGAAUAUAAAAAGGAUCCAAGCAACAAGAUGGCUGCUGACCCAGGAGUCCACACCAUUAAGCUCUCCCCAUCCUAUCAGCAUGUUCCCUUCGUGGAGAACGUGGACUGUACUGACCCAGCAUCUGGGAAUAUGGACUUGCUGAGAGCCCGUUCUGGCUACCCAACAGUGUCAGCACAGAAGCGAGAUCAAUUGCCUUCUGGGCUUUUGCAAACCCCAGCAAACCUGAACAAGAUUCCAGAGAAGUUGUCAGCAAUGGCGCCGGCAGAGCACAAACAACUGCAGAAGUAUUCAGUAGAAGAUACGCCGAUCUGCUUCUCCCGGUGCAGUUCCCUCUCUUCCCUUUCAUUGGCUGACAACAUGCUGGAUGGGCAGAGCCACAGCGAGAACGAGAUGGACAGCGACUCCUCGCUGGAGAUCAUUGAAGUGGAAGAGGUGGCCGAAGCGGAGGAAGCCCACCAGGAAGAGCGAGGGAAGGCCAAAACAGGAGAAGACCUCAGCCCGCACAUGUCACAGCCCAUUGCCAUCCCCUUCCCCAAGAAGGAGAAAAUAUUCCUUAGGGGAGUCUCGCCAGCUCGGCACGAUGACCUCACGCCGUCCAGCUCCUCCGAGAACUAUAUCCAGGAGACCCCGUUGGUGAUGAGCCGGUGCAGCUCCGUCAGUUCGCUGGGCAGUUUUGAGAGCCCCUCCAUCGCUAGCUCCAUCCAGAGCGAACCCUGCAGCGAGAUGAUCAGCGGCACCAUCAGUCCGAGCGAGCUGCCAGACAGUCCCGGUCAAACGAUGCCUCCCAGUCGUAGCAAGACCCCCCUCUUUGAACUGAGUGGCCAACCUGAGAAAGAGACCAGCCAAUUCAACAUCCAGUGGGAGAACAACGUCAAGAAAUUCAUGGAGAUCACCGACUUCAAGGAGCGUUUCCAAAUGCCCCAAGACCUCGACUCCAUGGUCUACUUCACUGUGGAGAAACCCAACGAGAACUUCUCGUGCGCCUCCAGCUUGAGCGCACUGCCCCUCCACGAACACUAUGUCCAGAAAGAUGUCGAGCUGAAACUUAUCCCUCCGUUCCCUGAGGAAGGGAAAUGAAGCGAGCUCUUGGUCACACAUGCAGGAAGAAGAGGGCCGAGUGAGGAGGCCAAGGGGAAAGGGAAGCCAGAGAGGUUGGAGCUGACUUCCGACGAAGAUAUCGAGAUCCUGAAGGAGUGCAUCAGUUCAGCCAUGCCAUCCCGUUUCCGGAAGGUCCGAACGUCCCUCGUCUCUGGCUUCCCAGGUCAGGUUUUGAACCCUCAGUCUAAGAAACCAGUGCAUGUGCCCGUCUACAUGUUGGUCCCAGCCAAUUCCCAUUUGGGCAUCUCUAAGAAACGACGGGCUGUGGCCGCCAGAACCAGUAAGGAAUACGUUGGCGAUGAGGAUUCCUUCACCGACUCAGCAGAAGGAACCCCCGUCAACUUUUCCAGCGCCGCUUCUUUGAGCGAUGAGACUCUCCAGUACCCAAUGAAGGAGGAGGUCAAUGCAAAGCGUUGUCCGGGGGAAAAGAGGGAGUUGGCACGGCCACAGGGACACAAGAUGGAAGGGCGGCAGCGGGAGCAGGGAGCCUUGCGUGCAGGAAGGAUCACAUCCAGCCACUCCACUCCAACCAAGAUGGUUUCCUCCAGCAAGUACAGAACCGGGUCUAACCACACGAGCCCGCUUCGUCCGGGCAGAGCCCAAUCUGCUGAAUCCAAGAGACCCCAGCUCCCUCUCAAAAACCUAGAGCUGACCCUGAUGAGGCAAGGCAGCGUGGGGUCCUGCUCUGAGGGCAGCGGUCCCCGAAAGAAGGCUCCUCGGGAGAAUGGCGGCCGCAGCAACCACAAGGCCUUCCAGUCCCUGGGUCACCACACCACCCCGACGGAGGAGGCCGUCUACUGUUUCUAUGAAAACGAUUCUGAUGACCUGACAGAGCUCGGUGUGAAAAGUUCGCCCAAGAGGAAGGCCGGCACAACCGGCAAGGUCCAAAGGAAAGAAUGCUGGGUCCAGAAGGAGCCUGACCUCCCUGCCAAACACGGCAAGACCAAAAUGGCCACCAAGCUCCACAGUAACCUCAUUGCAGAUGAAACGCCGCCUUGUUAUUCCCUCAGCUCUUCCUUGAGUUCCCUGAGCGACUUAGAGCUCUACGACCAGGAAGAAAGGACUCAACUCUACAGCAGGUCCAGCCGCCAGCUGGCCCUGAGCUGUAGGCAUGACGUGACCUCAGCCUUGUCCAAACGGAGGGAUAGCUCUGCCAGUUCCCUCAGCUACAAAUCGGAUGACGACUUGCUGUUGAAGUGCAUUGGCUCCGCCGUUCCAAAGAGGAGGCGCCAGCCGGCGAGGAGAAGGAAUUCUGAGAAGGAUCGGAAGGUGUCUGGCCUCAAGGAGCGGAAGCCCAAAGACACGCCAGAUGAAGUGACGUCUGAAAGAGGAUCGGAUCUGGACAGUGUGGAUUGGAAAGCCAUCCAGGAAGGAGCCAACUCUAUCGUGACUUGGCUGCACCAGGCGGCCUCUUCCUUCCACAGGGAGCCUUCCUCGGAAUCGGACUCCAUCCUCUCGUUUAUGUCUGGUCUCUCCGUUGGCUCCACUUUGCAAAUGUCUCUGGACAGGAAGGAGAAGAGAAGCCGAAAGGUCCCUGGGGGUCAUAUGGAGAAGAAAGACCAUCCAAAGGCCUUCCAGGAGGGCAAGAAAAUGAUGGACCCCAGAGCAACCGGCAGCAGGGACAGAAGAGUGGAGAAGAACCAAGGGCAGCAGAAGCCCAUGACCAACUUACCAGUGGUCUUCCGAGGCAGGACAGUGAUCUACAUGCCCAACACAGCAAAAGAUUCACAGAGCUCCAGGUCUACCCCAAGGAAAACAGGAUCUCCCACUAAGCAGGAAGGCCAUGCAAAGAACCUCAGCCUGAAUCAGCAGAGGUCACGAAGUCUCCACCGUCCUGGGAAGAUAUCAGAAAUAGCAGACCUUACGUUGCCCAAGAGAAGUGCUACUCCGCCAGCUCGGAUCACCAAAGCCCCUUCCUCUGGGUCGUCCAGAACGUCGACGCCUUCCCAGCCCACCCAGAAGAAGCUCACCUCUCCUUCGCAGCUCAACAAACAGAUGCCCUCUCGGGAGGUCGCGAAGGCAGGCGGCGUCUCCACCCCUGGCCCUAACUCCAAACUGGUCCAGAGGUCGCCUGUAUCCAAGCAGAACAAGACCCAGAAAUCACCUGUCCGCAUCCCCUUCAUGCAGAAGCCCAACAAGAAGAUUCUACCUGCCAGGAGCACCAUGUCUAUGCUCGAGGAGCAGAUGGGAAGAGAAGGCAGCCGUGAGCCAAAGCCAAAGGUCAACGGGAAGGGAGUUCUCAACUUGGUACGCAUGUCCUCAACGAGAUCCGUCAGCAGCGAGUCGGACCGUGCGGGUUUCCUGAGGCAGCUGACGUUCAUCAAGGAGUCAUCCAGCCUUCUCAUGAGGCACCGUGCCGAGCUUUCUUCCCCGAAGCCCACCCCAUCGCUCUCUCAGGGCGCCUCUCCCAGGAGAAGCAGACUCGGCCUGCCGACAGUGUUCCUGUGCUCUUCCAGAUGUGAUGAGCUCAAGGUGAGCAAGCCGGCAGGACCGAGCCAAAGGCCGGUCAUCUCCGGGGCGCCUCUUCAGAGUCCCAGGGCCUCCCCAGGGGCCAGGCCUCCAAGACGAACCAGUUCGGAGAGUCCUUCCCGGCUUCCCGUGAAAACCAACAACCUCCCGCCUGAGCCGUUCAAACGUUAUUCCUCCUCCCCUCAGAUCAACAUUAUCAAGCGAGCCGGGAGCCCGGCCUCCACCCCCUGCUCCUCUUGCCCUGAGUCGUUGGGUGGGAGGAAGAAGAACGAGGAGCCCUCAAAACCCCCCGUUAUCCCUCCUCUGGCAACGCCGGAGAAACGGCCGGAAGAGCAGCAGCCGUCCACGAUGAAAGGGACUUGGAAGAGGAUCCGGGAUGAAGACAUCCCCCAUAUCCUGAAGAGCACUCUUCCCUCCACAGCCCUGCCAUUGGUCAGCACUUUGGAGGAGGAAGAAACCCAACAGGCCCCGACCGCCCUCCAGAGGAAGACCAGCGAUGCCGUGGUGCAAACGGAAGACUUCUCCACUGCCAAGACCAACUCCAGUACCUCCCCCACACUCGAGCGGCAGGAGAUGCCGAAGAUCUCACAGGACAACAGCGAGGUGGACGGAUUCAACCUUAGCAAGGCUACCCCGGCGCCCAUCUCCUUCGCUCACGAAGGGCCAUCCAGCUCUCUCGGGAACUUCCCGCCCAGCAGGCACGGUUCCCCGAGCCGAGCUGCUCGGGUGACCCCUUUCAACUACGUCCCCAGCCCCAUGGUGGUGCCAACCGUCAGCGACAAAGAGCUGGAGAAGAUGCAGGCUUAAAAACAACACAAAACCCUUGGUCACAGGGUAGAAAACUACCAGAUGUCUUAGCAAUUGCACCCGUGUAUAAAACAAAGCUUGCGUUGUUUUGAUUUUUUUAAAAAAAAACUAUUUCUCUCUCUCUUUUUUUUCGUGCUUAACAAAACAAGGAAGAAUGUGGGGUGUUUCUUUUUAACACAGGACUGGCCGAAGGCUUUCUGGUGAAAGAGACCCAAUUGGUGAGCAGUACUGAUGCCUUUGACGGACCCCCCCCCCCGCCCCGCCCCGCCCCUGAUAUUCAGAUUUCUUUCCUGUAUUUCUUGACUAAUGGGAUUCUUGGAAUGCUUUAUCCAGUGGGGGCUGAGAAAACACCCCCCACACCAUCAUCUUCAGGUGUCCAGAGCAGCAUUUAGCUGACGCCGAUGGUGCUAUUCACUCUAUGCUGUUUCCCGGCAGCAUUCUAGAGUCACAGGGAGUGGUUUUUUCCUCAGCGGCUGCUGCCACUGUGGGGAAAGGGGCUAGUGUUUUUCCGGCUGCCUCAGGAAAGCUCGUUGGGUUCCUGACUCCCACUCCAAAUCGUCUCAGCAUUGUUCGCCACGACAACUCGCUCCCUGAAGGCCAAAGACUGUUUUUACCAGCUGACACCUCAAUGUGACCAUUUCUGGCUGUUUUAUUUGGGUGGGUGGGGACUUUUUCCAGCCUUGGACACCAUUUUGAAAAUGGCUGCCUCCCGCUUCUUGUCUCUUCAUUCACCCAAUGCUGUUUGCCAACGAGAUGUCCCAGUCUUAAAGGCCCACGAGAAUUCACACAACCCUGAGCUUCCGCCACUUUUUCCACAGACUCGUCUGGCUCGCCGCGGAGAACCUGUUAACAGGGCUGCCUUUGGGGUGGUGAAUGGCCCGGAGCGAGAGAUGGUAUUGGGACAUGUGCAGCAAGGAUGUCCCACAGCCUCUUUUGCCAGAUGCCCAGCUACAAAUCAUGUUGUUUUGGGAAACUAUCAUUUUCUCAGCCCCGGCUGUGUCACAAAAGGGCAGCUUCGCCGAUUCCCGCUCCUCUGGUAGUAAAACCCACAAAUUUGUCCAAAGGUUCCUGUUGGCCUCCACAGAUUCUCCUCAGGGCCCCACUUCGCCAAUCCCCAGAACUGGCCGUGCCGAUCGAUAAUCAUGGAGGCACCAAGACAAAGGUCCGUGAGUGACGGAAGAGACGCGUCGGUGAAAGCCAAGUGCUGGAAUUGCCUCAGGAUAACCGGGGGCUGGUAACCACCCCGCAGACAUUUUUGCUGCCCAGAGAAGCCGCAGAAACUUUUGGGGAAGGGACUGCAUCGCAGUGCCGUUGACGACCACACAAAAAAAGAACGCUUCCCGCCAAAAAGAUGGUUAAAAAGAGAAAGGCGGAAGAAGACGGCUCUCAGCUCUGGGCUGCAUUCUUGCUUUCACGUCUGGGUAUUCAUGUUCAAGAAUGACCAAUAAAACCACAUCUAUUUUUAUUUGGCGGGGGAGAGAAAAGACCUUCCAGGAAGAAGGGAAGCAGGAAACAGGAAGGGGGGCACACUCAUACACACACUCACACUCACACACACACACACACACACACACACACACACACACACACACACACACACACACAAAAUAGCAAUGAGUGGGUGGGAAGACGCCUUGCAGGAUGGCAUGGGGCCAGCUUUGUUGGCAAUGGAGUCCCAGAUCAUUAAUUUCAGCAGCUCUUUAAUCUGCUAAUGACUAACCAGCCGCACUUCUGUUGGAUCUGGGCGGUUGCAAGGAGCGGGAGACGUAAAUGGCACCAGAUCAUCACUGUAAUCUGCCAAAAAGCAGGUGGUGGCGGGGAAGCAGUUGCUACGCAGAGAUUGUGGGGCUGUGCAUGAAGAAUAUGGAGGUGUUAUGGGGGUUUUUUGGAGGGAGGAGGUUACAGGAGGGAAACCAACGCAAAACUAAGUUGGCGGCGGCAUCACGAUCGCCCGUAAUUGCACUACUUCGUGUUCCAGUAGCACUUUUCACAGCUAAUCCUUACAAACAGCCAUGUAAGGUAGGACAGUAUUAUUGUUACUGGCGGUGGCGGUGAUGGGGGAAAGAAUAGCUGAACUGUAGCUUCCAGGUGGUGAAAUCUGACACUUCUUUCAAUUUGACCGGCUCUCUCUGCACGACUUUUUCUCUCUGUAUUUCACGUAGGGAGACGGUCCCCGUGACAAAAGACCCCGCCCCACCCCCCAUUAAGGGGGAAUUAGGGUUCUCCUCUCCCUCACCCUGCUCUGAAGUUUGUACCCUUCCCCUCUUCUUUGAUCUUGUUAUUAAAGUAAAUCCAAGAAAACUAAA